CGCGCACACGUACAUACAAACACCCACACACACCUGACAUGAUGGCCUGAUCAAACUGAUCCAGCAGGGCAUGCUGGGUGAAUCAGGGUCAAUGCCCUCACGUCGCCUCAAGACGAGCAGCAGGUAGGCAGCUGCAGGUGGGUCUCAGUCUCACCGCUCAGGUAGACCUUCGACUGGAGUGGAAACAGAAAGAGAGAGGCUGCUGGAGAUAAACAAGGAGGCCUAAUAACAUGAUCCAGCUAUAGUCGGAUCUACCUGAGAGUCACCUUACCUGUCGGACCAGGACACCUGAGGAUGUACCCCAACUCACAGUCCUCCAGACACCCGGCUCAGACGCUGUCUCUGAACAGUCAGUACUUCCCGGCUCCGUAUGACUUCACCGGUUAUCCUCAUCACGUCCCGGGAGUCGGUGACUCGUCCUGGAGCUCCGUGUACGCUCCCCGGGAGGAGUAUCCGUACGGCUUCCCGGGAUCGAGCCCCUCCGCCGGGCAGCUCAGCUUCUCCUCCCCGGAGCUCAGCGGUCCUCCGGUUACUGCUGCUGGAGGAGCGUUCAACUACAUGACCGGUCAGGACCCCUUCAGCUCCAGGAGGAGAAACCAUGAACCCAUCAGACCGGCCGUCUCAGGAUUGAAGACUCGCACUAAGGACAAGUACAGGGUGGUGUACACUGACCAGCAACGCCUGGAGCUGGAGAAGGAGUUUCAGUUCAACCGUUACAUCACCAUGAGGAGGAAGUCCGAGCUGUCGCUGGCACUGGGCCUCUCCGAGAGACAGGUGAAGAUCUGGUUUCAGAACAGACGUGCUAAAGAGAGGAAGAUAACCAGGAAGAAGCUGCAGAACUCUCAGCAGGCCUCCACAACAACACCCACCCCACCGGCGCUGGGUGGACCCGCUGACACCCACAUCAACACCAGCCCCAGCAGCAACAUUUUGUCUGAUACGAUAUCGGAAGAAUACUAAGGGGGGGACUUCAUUAUGGAAGACUGAUACAGCGUGAAAUAUGUACAUAGCAUUAUUUUUUUUGUUUUUUAUAUACCACAGAAUGAAUGAAGAUGAUUCACAUCAACAUGAUGUUUUAAUGCUGCACCUCCUCCUGCCUUUCACAAUGACAAGCACUGAAACAUGUCUGUUGCACUGAUCAUCUCUGAUGGGCAUUUGCCAAUCACAGGACUUUAAUGUUUUAAUAUAUGUAUAUGGAUCAUUUUCAGCACCAAGAUACUGAUUUAAAGGACAAAGAGUGACUGGAUAACUUGAGUUCCUUCUUCAAGAAUAGUUGUUUAAAGCCACAAUGAAAAAGCAUUUCAGUAGUCCUUCUUUCUUUGACGUUUCUUUAAUGUUGAAAUUCGUCUGAAUCUUGUUGGAUAAAAGUGACACUGUCUA